CUCUGAGCCGAUCCACUGUGGAAAGCUGGUGUCACCGUCACCUGGACUUCAGCCUGGGAGUCGUUUGCCAUGAGGCUGGUGGCCGUCGCCGUUGAGCCUUGACGGGGGAAGAGGGUGGGGGGGCGCCGCCGCCAUGGAGGAGGAGAAUGCCAACGUGCCGGAGCCGGCCAGCGAGUGCCCGCCGACGCAGCCUCUGAAGUUCGAUAUAAAACGCCAUGCCAUCACCGACGACUACAAGGUAUCCAAGCAGGUGCUGGGCCUGGGCAUCAACGGCAAGGUGCUGGAGUGUUACCGCAGGGACAGCGGGCUGAAGUGCGCUCUGAAGAUUCUGCAUGACAGCCCCAAGGCUCGGCGGGAGGUGGAUUACCACACCAGAGCGUCAGGGGGGCCGCAUAUCGUGGGCGUCCUGGACGUGUAUGAGAACAUCCAUCGUGGCAAGAGAUGCCUUCUCAUUGUCAUGGAGUGCAUGCAGGGAGGGGAGCUCUUCACUCGCAUCCAGCAGAGAGGUGACCAGGCCUUCACAGAACGAGAGGCGUCGGACAUAAUGCGCGGCAUCGGAUUGGCCAUUCAGCACCUCCACGCGCUGAACAUCGCCCACCGAGAUGUCAAGCCCGAGAAUCUCCUCUACUCCUCCAAGGACAUCAAUGCUGAUCUGAAGAUCACAGAUUUCGGCUUCUCCAAAGAGACGACCAUCCAAAACGCGCUGCAGACGCCCUGCUACACGCCGUACUAUGUGGCUCCGGAGGUUCUGGGCCCUGAGAAAUACGACAAGUCGUGUGAUAUGUGGUCGUUGGGGGUCAUAAUGUAUAUACUACUGUGCGGAUAUCCCCCCUUCUACUCCAACACCGGCCAGGCCAUCUCCCCCGGGAUGAAGAAGAGGAUUAGGAUGGGGCAGUACGAGUUCCCAGCGCCGGAGUGGAACGAAGUCUCGGAAGAAGCCAAACAGAUGAUCCGCCUCCUCCUGCGGACGGACCCGACGGAGCGGAUGACGAUCACACAAUUCAUGAACCAUGCCUGGAUCAAUCAAUCUAUGGCCGUCCCGCAGACCCCCCUCCACACGGCCCGAGUCCUGCAGGAGGACAAGGAGCACUGGGACGAGGUGAAGGAGGAGAUGACGAGCGCUCUGGCCACGAUGAGAGUUGAUUACGACCAAGUGAAGAUCAAAGAUCUCAACUCGUCCACUAACAGACUCCUCAACAAGCGGCGCAAGAAACAGACGGACGGCUCCGCCCCUACUUGUAACAACCAAUGAGGACUGUACAUUGGGCAGAGAGCGCUCCGCGGGGGCGUGUCCCGUGCCGCAUUAUUUUUAUGAUUUGUUCUGUUUAUCUGUAGUGUAAUUAUUCCGGCACCUUGCUGUGUGUACAUACAUAUACGUAUUUAUGGAGCCGA